AUGAUCUUAAUCUACGAAACCGUCAGUAUCUAUCCCAGUCAGUGUCAUUUCUCAUCUACGCAGCGAAAGGCAAUCUGCACGUCAUCAUACGGGUUCCUACCUGAGGUAACACAAGUACAAUGGGAGCAUGCUUCUCACGUCAUCGAGGGUCGUCAUCAAAUGACGGCCAUAGUGACGAUGUAUCUGGUGAACAAUGCUGGCGAUCGGGAGGCGCAUAAUAUGGUGGAACAUGCGACUCCAGCUCGCGUAGCUCAACCAGACAAGGAAAUCUUGGUAGCACUAUAUGCGUAUGACUCUCGAGCCGAUGGCGAUCUUAGCUUCAAAAAGAAUGAUAUCAUGUAUCUGCUAGAUCAGAGCAACUGUGAUUGGUGGUAUGUACGUCAUCAACGAACCGGAAAUACUGGAUAUGUGCCAAGAAAUUUUGUCGCCAAACAGCAAACGAUCGAGAGCGAAGAAUGGUAUGCUGGGAAAAUCCCACGAAAUCGAGCCGAGCGGCUGGUAUCGGCGAAUAACUUACCAAAAGGAACCUUCCUUAUCCGUGAGAGAGAAGCGGACGGACGAGAAUUUGCGCUGACCAUCCGGGAUUCUGAUGACAUUCGUGGUUCUGUAAAGCAUUACAAGAUCAAACGACUCGACCAUGAUCAAGGCUUUUUCAUCACUACUAGGAGAACAUUCCGAACCCUGCAAGAACUCGUCGCUUACUAUUCCGAGAUGGCCGAUGGGUUAUGUUGCCAAUUAACAUUUCCUGCUCCUCGAAUUGCUCCUACUCGUCCAGAUCUUAGUCAUGAUACUCAACAAAAUUGGGAAAUCCCUAGGAAUCAAUUGCAGUUGAAGAGAAAACUUGGUGAUGGAAACUUCGGCGAGGUUUGGUAUGGAAAAUGGCGCGGAAUCGUCGAAGUUGCUAUUAAGACCAUGAAACCAGGAACGAUGUCUCCGGAGGCUUUCUUGGGUGAAGCGCAAAUCAUGAAACAAUGCGAUCAUCCCAAUUUGGUUAAACUUUAUGCUGUCUGUACCAAAGAAGAACCCUUCUAUAUCAUCACGGAGUACAUGUGCAAUGGCUCACUUCUUCACUACCUGAGGAACGAAGGUGCCGCUUUAGGAAUUCAAGCAUUGGUCGAUAUGGCGGCACAGAUCGCAAAUGGCAUGAUGUAUUUGGAAGAGCGUAAACUGGUACAUCGAGAUUUGGCCGCAAGAAAUGUCCUUGUAGGAGAAAAGAUCAGCGGUGUCCCAGUUGUCAAGGUAGCCGACUUUGGUCUCGCUCGAAAACUGAUGGAAGAAGAUAUCUAUGAAGCGCGAACAGGCGCGAAAUUCCCUAUCAAAUGGACAGCUCCAGAAGCAGCUACGUGCGGCAACUUCACUGUUAAGAGUGAUGUGUGGUCGUACGGUAUUCUCCUAUACGAAAUUAUGACCAAAGGACAAGUGCCUUACCCUGGCAUGCAUAAUCGCGAAGUGGUCGAACAAGUGGAAAUUGGUUACCGGAUGCCAAUGCCGCGCGGCUGUCCCGAACAAAUAUAUAAUGAGGUGAUGCUGAAAUGUUGGGACAAAGUACCAGAACGAAGACCGACCUUCGAUCACCUAUUCCACUUUUUCGACGAUUAUUUCGUAUCAUCGCAGCCGAACUACGUUCCACCAAGUGUCUAACGCCAAUUAAGUGUUCUCUAGCCUAUUUUCAUAUCUCUUUCAUUCUCUUCUCUAUUCUAUUCUACUUUUCUUUCACUUAUUUCCGUUUCACCUCAUACUUAACAUGCUUUUUCUAUACAAUUGUUGGGUUUCUAUGUCUGAACUGUCGCAUGUCGACUGCCGACUACUACAAUACUUCGGAUCACAAAAUAAUGCACUUCUCACGCUACCACAUGCAAGGGCUACGAUAGUCGAACCAGCGUGCACAAUGCUUCUCCAUAUAUUUUGCUAUUCUAUGUAUAUAUUGAGCAGUUCUUCGUUUAUUUGCGUAUGCGCUCCACUCGCUGCUGCCGCUGGUGCUGCCCGUUCCCUGCGAAACGGUUACUUGCAUAUUUUACCCACUCAUGUACUUGUCAGUUGUGUUUUCUUUUUUUAUUCCAAUUAGCCAUUGACGAACAAGCGUUCGCCUGUGAAUUGUGUGCAUUUUUUAACGUUGCCGACUUAUCCUCGAUCAAUUUGUGUUUGUUACGUGUUUUUUAUGCUCGAGAUGUUGAGUGAUGUUGUCGGAUAGAAGAAAUUAAUAUUGACAGAUGUUUGUUGUCGAGUACGAUAAGAUGUGCUACAUUUGGU